CAUAAAAAUACUGGUUUGUUUUUCAAAUAAAUUCCCCUUGUGCCGUAUGUGUGCAUAUAGCGAUUACAUAUGAUUAACAAAGCACAAUGGCAACUCUAUAAAGUACACACUCGAACUGUGACGGGAAAAUAAACUUACGCACAGAAAGUCGCUACAGGAAAACUGUAAUUCUUUUUCUUUACGUUACGUUUCACCGACUAAGUAAUAAAUAUUUACUAAAAUGGAUAAUCUAAAAUUAAUAGAACUAGUGAAACAACACGAAUGUCUCUUUAACAAAAAUGACAAGGAUUUUAAGAAUGUAGACAAAAAAAAGACCAUUUGGCAGCGGAUAGCUCGCGAGAUGGGCAUAAAUGAAUCAAAUUGUAUACGUCGUUGGUCAAGUUUACGUGACAAAUUCGCAAGAGAAAGCAGGAGAAUGACUGCACUUGUAAAUAAUGAUAUGACAACGACACAUAUCUGGGCUCUAUAUGAUGAUAUGGAUUUUUUAAGGCCACAUAUAAUACCGAGAGUAAUUCGCCAGAUUCCAAAUUUUGGGCUGAAAGCUUUUGAAGAAAGUAGCACCGGUGAUCAAGAAACAUAUAUCGUGGAACAAGAUGAUACUGUCGACUGUAAUUAUGUGAAUACGGAUCCAUUCCAGUUUAAAGCUUCGGAUUCACUAAUGUCAGAGCAUGAGAUGGAACAUGAAGAAGUUGAAGAACUUCUUCCAAACGAAUCGCAUUAUUCAACAUCGCAAUCAAAAAACCUGAUCACUGGCAGGACAAGUAAACUAAAAGAGUCUCAACCAAAUUCGUCAAAAUUUGCAAAUCAACAAAUAAACGGAAAACCACAACAUUCUCAAUCCGACGUUGAACUCGAGAUAAAAUCUGCUUUAGGGAUGUUUAAACAAGUAUGUGGUGAAAUAAAAACAACGCCUCACCGAAAUCCUGCUGUAGAAGGUUUCGGUCAAAUGAUUAUGGAAACUAUAAGUAGUAUGAGUGAACGGAAACAAGCACUGGCUAUGCAAAAAGUUACUGAAAUAGUAAUGAACAUUAAAUUGGAGGAAGCGGACGACUUAAUGGACGAUUCAAAACUUAUAAAUCUAGUAAAACAGCAUGACUGCAUUUACAACAAAAAUAAUAUAGACUACAAAUCCAUUUCAAAGAAAAGAGCUGCUUGGCAACGCAUAGCUUGUGAGAUGGGAGUUCAUGAACAGGAUUGUGUACGUCGUUGGACGAAUUUUAGGGAGCGCUUUGCCAAAGAAGACCGUCGGGUGAGUGCACUUGCAAAUAAUGGUACGAUUACGACAAAAGUAUGGCCGCUUUACAAUGAACUGACUUUUUUAAGGUCACACAUAGUACCUCGAGUGAAUCGUCAGAAAUGGAUAUUUACCGCUCAAGGUAAGGAGCGAGAAAUGGAUUAUAGGGCAGAAUCUUCCAUGGAUGGACAAGAAGAUGCUAAUGAAUAUGAAUGUAUCACGGAACCGUUUCAAUUUAAAAGUUCUGCAUCUAUCUUGUCCGAGACGGAUACAUUAGAGGAAGAGGUUGAGGUUUUCAUACCUAACGAUACGUCACAAAAUUCUGAGUCGAAUGCGAAUAGAGAUUUAUAUGAUGCUUUAAAAAUUAUUAAACAAAAUUAUGGCAGUCUGAGAUCACGUCACCAAAAUCCUGCUGUUCAAGGUUUUGGGCAAAUGAUUGUCGAAACUAUUAGUGGAAUGAGUGAACGAAAACAAGCAAUAGCAAUGCAAAGAGUAACCGAACUGGUAAUGAACAUAAAACUAGAACCCGAAACUUAGUAAAAAACAAGCUAUAACUUUAGCUCCGGUUGUACCGAAUUAAAUUGUGUUACACUAUCUAUAUCUGGAUUUUGUUCAAUUAGUUUGUAUGGCAGCUAUAGUGGUCCGAUCUAAACCAUUCAAAGAUUGCCAAAUUUCAAUAUCGGAUAGCUUCA